CUGACGUUUGUGGCGGUACGUCUUGCUGCUUAACAUCCUCAUUGUGUGCUGUCUUACCUGCUGUGCCACUGCCUUAUUGCUGACAACUAGCCCAGCCAUUUACCGAAAGGGUUAUGUUGGAUUUUUUCUAAAAAUAGAUACUCACAGUUUUUGUCAUGCGACUAAAAGGAACUCCAAGCUAAGGAAGACUAAACUCAAGAACUCCCAAGGCUGCUGUGGUACAGUACUGCUCAUCAACCAUGAGAUGAAACUAUAGCAGCUGCCAAAGCACAUAUGUGGAAGCAUCACUGAUAUUUCUUCCUGUGACAUCAUUACUCUCAAUACAUCUACACCUUGAAACCAGAGUGAAAGUACAGUAUAAGGAGAGAGGCAGCUGUGGAUCUCAUGGCCAAGAGCAUACUACGACAAACAGUGGUAGUUUGUUGGUCUCCAAAUGGCAGAGGAAGCCGAGACCUACUUUAAAAAUCUAGGCGGAGGAGCUUGUUGCACAAAGGAGGAUAGUGAUACUGUAGUACAAAAUGGAGGUAACAAAAGAGAACACAAGGAAAGUAAAGAAGACCUAAGCAUUCCUAGUGAACGAUCAGAGGUAUCAGAUGAAGAAGGCAAUAAAAAAGUGAAAUCGGAGAAUGACAAAAAAGAUGGAGAAACCUCCGGAGCUUUUAGCAGUAAAGGAAAAAGACGUCAGCGUAGCUACCGUACGAGGCUUAUUGAGUCCGACUCUGAUGAUGAAACGGACAACACACUGUGUGAGAGGGGAGCAAGUAAUGCAACUAACAGAAAAAUAAGUGAUACAGGGGAUACACUAAUAAGUAGGAGCGUCACUACCAUUACCUCUGGCCCCUCUGAGAUGGACGACACAAGUGCAGACACCAGCCGAGACACAGAGACAGACCACAUGGAGCCAACUAGUCUUUCUGCUAUGGAGACAGGAAGUGCAGCUAGUGGCAAUACUGAUAAUGAUGGCACAGAUGAUUCACCAGCUUCAGAACGUCGGCGUGAAAGGCCUCACACUCGACAAACAAUUUUUGGUGGUCUGCUGUCUGACACAGAUUCAGAUUCUGAUGAUACAAGACGUCGUAGAAGCAUUCAGGAUAUUUUAGAAGAUGAAUCACAGCGGAUGGAUGCUGAAGAAGCUAUUGCCAAAGAAAUUAAAAGAAUUCAGGAACGUCCCAAACCAAAACACGAGUGGAAUUUUGUUGAGCAAGUUAUCCAAAGGCAGAUAGGUGGGAGAGCCAAGCAUCAAUCAUCUGUCUUGUUCAGCCACCAUUAUUAUGACUCCCUCCACGUGCCUAAACGUCUAGAGCUCAUGUACAAAAUGGAAUUUCAUAGGGGAUGUGUCAAUGCUCUAAGCUUUAAUUCCACUGGAACUAGACUGGCUAGUGGGUCAGAUGACUUUCAAAUUGCUGUAUGGGAUUGGGCUCGAGAAAAGGCAUUGAUCACAUUCUAUAGUGGACAUCGAAACAACGUGUUCCAGAGUAAGUUCCUACCCUUGAGUGGAGAUACACACAUUGUAUCAUGUGCGCGUGAUGGACAAGUACGUCUAGCAGAACUUUCAUCAACGGGCGUAUGUAAAGCAACCAGAAAACUAGCCAAGCACCGUGGCCCAGCGCACAAACUAGCAACACUUCCUACCUCCCCACAUGUUGUAUUAUCUGCUGGAGAAGAUGCAGUAGUACUUAAUAUAGAUAUUAGACAAGAACAGCCCACCAGGGUUGCUCUGGUGAAAGAUGUUUCUGGUGGUCAUGUUUCUCUCUACAGCAUACAUGCUCACCCAGUCAAUGAAAACCAGUUUUGUGUUAGUGGCCAUGAUCAGUAUGUUCGAGUGUAUGAUCGACGUUGUGGAAACCUGAGCUUCCCAGUCUUUAAAUAUUGCCCUCGUCACCUGUACGAGGCCUCACCAACUCCAACAGUGACUUGUGCAGUGUAUAGUGGUAAUGGAGAUGCCAUAUUGGCAUCAUACAAUGAUGAUGAUAUUUACUUAUUCGAUACGUCUUUAUCUGAGGGUGCUGAUGCUGCCCAUAGAUACUCUGGCCACCGCAACAAUGCUACAGUUAAGGGAGUAAACUUCUUUGGGCCUGGUAGUCAGUAUGUAAUAUCUGGCUCAGACUGUGGCAACAUAUUCUUCUGGCAUCGGGAAACUGAGUCCAUUGUCCAGUGUAUGCCCGGAGAUGAAAAUGGAGUGGUAAAUGUCCUGGAACCACAUCCUCAUAUCCCAGUGCUGGCAACUAGUGGCCUUGAUGAUGAUAUAAAAAUCUGGGUUCCUACAUGUGAAGAAGAUCCUUCACUGCCUAAUUUAGAACAAACGGUAAAAUCAAAUCUGAGGAAACGUCAUAAGGAGCGCAAUGAGGAGUUCACUGGAUUGGAUACGCAGAUGUUGAUGGUUCUCUGGCACCACAUAAGACGGACGGACCGUAGACGACGUAGGAUGGCAGCAGCAGGAAGCACUAGCAACAGCAGUGUUGGAGCUGAAGGUGGUGCAGGCACCGGAGGAUCUUCAAGUGAUGAUAGUAAUGACAGUGAGGAUUCUGAUGGUCACCGGGGUGUUCAGUGUGCCACUCACUAGUACUCUUUAAAACUAUGGCAUUUUUUGAGGAUUUGUAUUAAGGUCAAGAAUAACAUUUUUAUGAAGUGCUUUUUCAUAGUUCACUUUAUUGUUUAAAGAAUUGGUAUCCGGUGAGGCAUGUUCUGCAUUCUGUUGUAACACCAUUUAUUGCUUGGUUAAGUGUUGCAAAUGCUACUCAUUCAGAAUAUAGUAAAAUUGUAUGAAAGAGUUUUUAGAAGAAUUUUUGUUUGUUUUUUCUUGCAAACUUUAAUAUUUUGUCAAAUAUACUACAGUACAUGAAAGCGAAUACUGUAUAUUUUGGGGGUACUAAGUGGAAGAUGAGGAGGGGAAAGUGAAAUUAAAAAAUUAUAAACCGUUUGCAUUCUAUGAUACGGUUCAUAUGAAGAAUAUCCUUCUGUUUAUAUUAAGAGCAGAUACAAAAACUUAGUAAGAGAGAGAUUGCCAUAUGUUUUAUAAUUGUAAUCAAUUAUUAUCAGCUGUCAUUAAACAACUUUCCUAAGCAUUACAAAAAAUAUGUCAUCUGUGCUAUACCUGUAUGUAUAAAGGGAAUUUGUUAUUUUGAAUACGUUUUUAUUAUUAUUAUUAUUAUUAUUAUUAUUAUUAUUAUUAUUAUUAUUCCCCACAUUAUUGAAGGGCAUGUUACUUUUGUCGUGUGUGUAAGUUGACCUACUAUUAGUUUCUGUUCAUUAAAAAGAAAAUAGUUGAAAGAUUUAUUUUGAAUUUGGUGUGUAGUUGUCAUGAAAAAAGUUUCCAACUCGAGAUUGAUUUUGGCCAUACCUUGUUGAUUAUUUUAGUUUUGCUCUUUAAAAAAAACAAAAUUCAUCCAAUGGGGUCAUUUAUGUUAUGGGGACUUAGCCUUAUCUUUAUACAGUAAUUAUUGUUAUAAAGAAGUUCUGGUUAUAUAAUAAAUAUUGUUGAUGAAAUUUAAACUUAUAUUUUAUAAUUUUAGGGGUUGGACAGGGUGUGGCAAAUGAUUGCAGUACAAAAUUUCAGUUACAGCAAUUAAUUUUUGUAUUGUUAAGCUCCUUUAAUGUUUUCUGUGGUUUGAGAAUUUCAAAGGCUGUAUACUGUAUCUCAAUUAGAAAAUAAAUCGAGGAGGAAAACAAAGAUAGAAGAGCUGAAUUAAUGUUAGUGUAAUUCAGUAUUGUAUACUUGUUAAAUACACAGUAUAAUGUGUGUUUAUUUUCAAAAGUUUUUCUACAAAUUUUUUUUGGGUAUAAAAUUGUGUUGACUGAAGUAACAGCCAUUUAAGAAUUGGUAAACAUCUCGGCAGAAUAUUAAUACCCUGUAUAAUGCUGAAUACCUUAGAUUUUGUGAGGUGAAGUAAUUGAGUUUGUGUUGACAAAUUGUAAAUUGUUCACCUUACAUUACCCAGUUAGAGGAAACAAGAGAUUUGAGAAGAUGGCUUAGAUAGACAGGAUGGUAAGAAUUAUUAUACAGUAUUCAUACAAGUGAAUGUACAGAAAUGAUAGGGCGAAGGUGUGCUGUCUGGAAGGGAUAGCUCUUCUAAGUUUACAUUUACUAUUAGUCAUAGUGCUUAGGUAAUAUUUUAUGCUGUAAAACUACAUAGAGCCAAGUAGUAAUCAUAUAUCUUACUAUAUUUGGAAAUGUUAAACAUUUUCAAGUGAAAUGGUUUGUUCUAUUGUUAGAAAUAAUUCAUAGGUUUAGGUUUGAAACUUGACAAAUAUUAUGAGAAACCUAAAGGCAAUUGAAUCAUUUAUUAGUUUUAUAUAACUGAGGAAAGAUCACAAACUUAAGGAAAGUCAAAGGGAAACUAAGUAACCUGUAGCUCAGUUGAUGAUUUACCCUUUGUAUGGAUUUGCUGUAUGAGAAACAAAUUUUAUUGUCUCUCUUUGAGAAGAAUAAUUGUAGGAGUUCAAUAUGUGUAUGAAAAGACAUAUGUGUGGAAGGGAUCAAGACCCAUGACUAGGUUACCAAGAUGAUAUCCUUACCUUUCUUUAUAGGUUGCCAUUUGCUCUAGGGAUUAUUAUCUUAAAAUUUAAUGCCAAUUUUACAACAUAAUUCUGAAUAUCUCAUUUGAACAGAGCAUAUGUAUGUUAGUGAUAAACAAAAAGUCAAGCUGGAAGAAGGCAAGUGAACUACAAUCUGUAAAAUGGGUUUGUUUGAUAACAUGUUCUUCAAAGAUUGUAAACCCAAAAUAUCACAGGAUAUAUUUACAAUGACCUUAAUUCUUACCAUAGGACUUUUAUCAUCAUUCGUCUGUCCAGAUUACAACUGAGAAUUUCCUGUAUAGGAGAGGCUAUUUAGGAUUGCAUGCUGUCAUGUUUCAAAUAGGUACGUAAUCAAGUGUAUGUAAUUAUGAUAUUUAUUAAACAAGUUAUACAGUUU